AUGAAGAGACAUCUGCUUUCCCUUGCCAUUUUAUGGCUCGUCGGUCUAGUUUCAGCCGCCUCCAAUGAGUUCAUUGACCUUCACCCUCUUCCCCGCCAUGUCUGGGAUAUGGAUCACCUCUCCAAGAGGGACGAUGCCGCCCAGAGUGUCGGUCUGCAGGACCACGAGAAGUUCAUGUGGGCUUCUGGACAAGAGGCCAAUACCAAGGUCACUGCUGUGAGCAUGGUGGUCUACUCCAAGCAGGAUGAAAAGAUCCUCGACUUGGACAAGGUCGCCUUUGCACUGGAGUCAGUAACUUGCGGUGACAAGAUGGUGCUCAAGUUCAACAAUAAGCUCUUCUAUGCAGCUGCGAAGUUUGCCUGGAACUGGGUCAACUACAAUGACCUGCGGAGCUUUGUUGUCGUUGCUAAUUGGAAGGGGUGUGGUGACCCCAAAGCCCGGAAUCCAUGGGUUGUCAGCAACGCUGCAUUUGCAGACAAGACUACAACGAUCACCUUGGAUUCUGUGCAGAGCACCUGGCAGAAGGUUUCCAACUCGUACAAUAUGGACUUUGGUGACAUCGUGCUUGGAAGCGGCGGCAAGAGCAAGCGGUGGCUCGAUUUUGACCUUAGCAAAGCCUUCACGGUGGACCUGAGCUCGUCCUUCCCGAGCGAGAUCGCGAACUGGAGCAUGACGACGCCCUAUGUGGAUGCCUACCUUGCCAUUGAAUGUGAGGACUGUGGCACCCAGGGCACUUUGCAGUUUGCAGGUCACAUUGAGGGCAGUGUAUUCGGAGGCAUCGACAAGUUCGAGGUUUCUGCCACCCCCCAUGGCAUUGCUGCGCAUCUUGGCCUGAGUCUCACGUUCCAUGGUGAAGUUGAUUUUGACACAUUGCCUGCGCCGGGCGAUGAGUUUACGCUGCUGGAACUACCGCUGCCGAGUGGAUGGCGGGUCCCCGGAGUGCUCCAGUUUGGACCAAACGUCAAGAUUAACGCCGGUUAUACAAUUGAACGGAUUGUUGGUGACGCCCGGGUGAGCACCGGAAUCACCGCAAGCGUGCCGGAUGAUUCCGUUGCCAAAGUAGACCUGGCGAGCAAGAACCCCGUGGAGAUAUCGGGCUGGAUCCCCGAAAUUGAGACAGACCCCUUGGAGGUAUCUGUUCAGAUUGAUGCUACAGCUCAUGUGUACACGGAGGUUGCUGUCGCAGCUAGUAUCGAAGUCCUGGAUGAGAAUGGUGUGAACGUUGAAAUCGGCAUUAAAGUCCCAGAUGUCACGGUGACCGCGUCCGCUGGCUAUAACGUCGAUGGUUUCUGUGGUGACGAUACUGGCAAACCUUUCGGACUCAAGCUCGAUGCUAGCCUCGGGGCCAGCCUGGGUCUUCAGGGCUACACUGAACUGAAGGGUGACAAGGACGUCUUUCUGGAUGUCACACUCUAUGAGACACCCGCCCUCUAUACGUUCCCCCAGCUGUGUCUUGCCUUUGGCAAACAGUCCCCAGGCGCCUGCAUUCCCGAGCAACAUACCUUUGAUCCAGAUGACUCGUACCCUCCCGGAGGAUACACCGACUCAGAGGAUGAUGGGGCGAACAUAGCUGAACGCUCGUUAAGACUGGCCAAGCGUGACGAGAAGAGCGCGGCCUAUCUGACGAGAAAGCCCUAUCUUCUUGGAUGCGAUGAAGAGAAGAAACAUGAGAUCUGGCCUCAGAAAUAUCAGAAACCUACCAGCUUGAGGAAUAAACUGCAGGUCCCUAUCAUGAAGCCUGGCAUGGGUUGUGGAGAGGACGAAGAUGAAGAAUGUCCUGCCAGCACGUGGAGUAUGGACAAGCUACCCGAUACCCUAACGAAGGCGGAUCGAGCGCUGGUGACACAGAAAGGAUGGGCUUCGGAGCACAUUUACGAGGGCAACUGGAUCCGCGAUUUCAUCCAGCACUUGGUGGAUGAGAAGUAUCCUGCUAUUGACGGCAGCACAGUUGGGGAUGAUACAAAAUGCAAAGGCGCCGUCAAUACCUUUGGAAACAAAUUGGGUGUGGUGAUAGAUACGAAGACUCCGCGGGAUGCUGGAAAUUACUCCGAGGCGCUCAUGCAGAACCUGGGCACGACAUGGACCAGCGGCGAACGGAUGGCUCUGCUGCCUCAGAUCCAGAAUAGUAUGAAAUAUGAUAUGUUCAACGGGAAUAAUAUCGAUGCCAGUUUCAGCAAGAAGACUCUGAACCAGCGUGUCUGUUCGCUGGGCCGCAUCGCCACUGUCUGCAAAUACAUGAAUCACAAGGCGAUCAGAGAUCGGAUGGUGAUCACCAAUAAUGCCUUGGAGGCUGUUUUGUGCGUCUGA